AUGCUCCGCUCCUCUUCUGCCCGGCGGCGGUCCCGCUACGGCUCCCAGCUCUGCUGCGCGGCGGUGGCAGCAUUCCUCCUCCUGCUUUCCAUCUCCGUCCUCCACUCCCGCUUAUCUUCCUCCUCUUCCUCGCGUUUCCCCGUUGGUCGGAGCAGUUUAGCUAAUGUCGGCGGUAUCGACUCUGGCGUCGUCCUUCACGACGUUGAUAAUGAUGUGCCCGAUGACUCUGCGGAUGACCUCAUCGAUGCCCUCGACGUCGUCGAGGAGGCAGGGGAGUCGGAGGACGAGGUCGCGGAAAGGGGUGCUUCAGACCUGGAAUCUGGCGGCUUCUUCUGGGAUCACUCCACCGGCGUGAUGCGGAGGUCCUUUGGUAGGCCUCGAGGGCACCGGUGGCGCCCUGAUCCGGGGGAAUUUUCUCUCUUCGUCGACGAUGGCCCGGGGAAUGACGCCCGCCAACGGAGCAGGAUCGCUUUUGCAUCCGAUGACCAGCCGGUUGACGAGGAGAUCAGAUCCAAACUGGCCUCGAUCCGGUCGAUCGAGGAUGCUCUUCUGCUGAAAGUGGGGUCCUCUGCUGGUGGCCAGUCGCCGCUGCGUGAAGGUUGGGCGCCGUGGUUUGAGGCGAAGGGAAGGUUCCUGAAGCAGGACAAGAUGUUCACAUCGAGCGUGGAACAGAUGAACCCAAUGAACCACCCUCUGUUGCAAGAUCCUGACGGGCCUUUCCUGACGGGUCUCACCAGGGGUGACCGGCUGCUGCAGAAGGCCAUGAUGAAGGAGCUUCAGAAGACUCCCUUUAUCGGGGAACCAAGCCAGAAAAAAAGGAUAGAAAGGAAGGCUCUGGGCACAGCGAAGAAGCCAGUCCCGAGGCGGAAGAAUCUUGAUCUUCUUCCGUUAAAUAAGAUAGGCCACCACGUGUAUCCUGAUAAUCGACAUUGGGGAUACUACCCGGGGUUAGAGCAGCAUUCAUCAUUUUCAGAGUUCGUGGAUAGAUUUCUCUAUAGUGGGCAAUGUUCCUUGAGGGUUUUCAUGGUUUGGAACAGUCCACCGUGGGGUUAUGGCAUUCGACACCAGCGGGGUCUGGAAAGUCUUCUGCAUCAUAACAAAGAUGCCUGUGUUCUCGUGUUUUCCGAGACAUUGGAACUGGACUUCUUUACGGACUUUGUGAAGGAUGGGUAGUUUCUCACUAACCAGUUAUCACCUCUCUGGUUCCCUCUGGCGAUUUUAAGUUAGAAACUUAGUGUUAGAUAUUUCAUUAUUUGACCCUACAAAAUUAAUGCACUUGCCUAUAAUAUUUGAUCGGAAAUUUCAGAACGUCUUCACUCAACCUAACAGUGUAAAGUCACGUUUCUGAAGAGUAAAAAGCUUUUGUGACUGUGUAUACAAACUGCUUACUUUGGAUGAAGUGUGGAACAUGAUAGAUGAGUUAUUUGUAAUUUUUUAAGUGUUUCUUUACACGGCCUAUUCACAUUAUUAAUAUGCAGAUUACUUGCUGUAUUUGGACAAAACACAUCUCUAGAGAGUUUUCCAUGAUGUUAUGCCAUCCUGGGUGAUGAAUGCUUAUGCUUUCAGUGAAGACUGACGUCAGACUGAAAGCUUGGAUUGUGUGCAUAAAAUUUUAUUUUCGCUAAUUGGAUUCAAGAAAAGCCUGUAAUUCCAUGUUGUGCAACUCUGAACCAGAGUCUUUUCCAUAUUAGAAUCUCUCUGGAUCUUGAUUCGAUAUCUUCCAGCUAAGUCUCCCUAGCAAACCCUAGUAUAGAUGUCAUCUUCCAAGUUGUCAAUACUCAGUUAAUUUCCAGGAACGUCACUUUACUUGCAGUGUUCAUUACUACUCGACAUGAGUGGUCUGACUGUUCUAUAACAUCUAGGUUUUAUCUUAUUCGACCCUUUUUAUGAAUAUUCAUUAAUAUGUACUUUUGGUCAUAUGUUUAUGUUUGUCUCUAAUUGAACAUUAUAAUCUUAUGGAUUCGAAGGGAUCUUCAUGAAAUUGAUCAGUAUGGGUGUCAAUGAAUUAUAUUGGGAAAUCCAUUUCCAAAAACAAGAGACCUAUUAGUGCAAACUAGUGCAGUGGCAGACCCAUGAAAGGUAUUCAUCUGGUGGAAGGAACUUUCAGAGGACCAUAUGAAAAAUGAAAAUAAUGAAUCUCUGGAAGAAAACGUAUUCUAUAGGAAAUGAUUCUGAAUUGUCAUUAGAGAUGUGUCGGAGUACAUUAGUACGGUAUACUUUUUAAGGCGCUUCAUGAACCUUUCAUUUCGUUCUUAUGGAAUUCUUUUUUCUCGAAGGAGUUAUUUUUAAUUAAAAAAAUAUGGGAAAGGGGAACUAAGCAUUACUUUUUAAUCGUGGAGAUUUCCAUGUCAACUUUCUGUCGUUUACCUGUUUUGGCUGUACCACAGCAUUUUGGAAUAAGGUAUAAUAACUUUUGAAUGUUCCCUCCUUCUGCAGCUUCAGAAUUGCUGUUGCAAUGCCCAAUCUUGAUGAGCUUCUAAAAGAUACUCCUGUUUACAUAUUUGCAUCAGUGUGGUUCAAAUGGAGAAAGACGAAACACUAUACCAUUCAUUAUAGUGAGCUGAUACGGCUUGCUGCUCUGUACAAGUAAGUGUGGUUUUUAUCAUUUUUAAAAAAGCAUAUAAAAACUGUUUUCUGAUUCAAUACAGUCUCUUAAAGUAAGAAAACUGUACAGUCCGAUUUCCUUUUGAAAUUUACGUGAAUAUUCCAUUUUCACUUUGUUUGGACUUUCUUGUUUGGUUUGUGUUCUGAUUUGUCAUUAUUUGUACAUGAAUAUUCCAUUUUCACAGCUUUGUUUUUGUGCUUUGUUACAUCCUCUUCAGUAUCAUGAAUAUUAAGUCAUAGCGACUUGUAACCCUUUUUUUUAACGUUUAUUGUUACUCUAAAUUCCAGAUAUGGUGGAGUCUACCUAGAUACUGAUGUGAUAGUUCUGAAACCUUUGUCUUCUCUGAAGAAUUCUAUUGGCAUGGAGAAUGAAAUGGGUGGGGAUCCUAUAUUUAAUGGAGCAGUGAUGGCAUUUGACAGGCAUAGGUAUCUCAAUCACUUCAUUUGCUGGAAUUAUGUUUUUUUUGUCAGGUUAUUGUUCCAUCAUUUUUCGAGUUUGUCAUUGGCGAAAAGAGCAAUUCGUUUAAAUCUUGCUCCCUCAAUGUUCUAGUUUGCCAACUGAGUGUUAAAAAUUUAACUUUAUUUCAUAGCUGCUGGAGCAUCAUCCUUCUGAUGUGGCGAUUAAUUGUUUAACAGCCUUGAACCUGAUGGAAAUGUAGAUCUUGAAGUUGUGCUUUUCUAUUAAGUACCCUAUCAAAGUGUGCAAUAAGGUGGAAGCUGAAGGCGUACUUGAAGGGGUAGUAUAGUGUUGAGUGAAUUUAAAGAUUACACAUGUAAAGUAUGCUAAUCAUUUUUCAUUCAAUGAAUUCAAUAAUUAGAUAAAUAUGGACCAAGUGAAGUAGCCGGUUCUUUCCCAUGAAUGGUGAAGGCUAACCUUGACAGAUCAUAGAUGUUUAGUGUGGACCUAUCCUGGUAAAAAAAUCAUCACUAUGUAAAAGUUUUAGGAUAUAAAUAUGACGAAUCUAGUGCUUGAACUAUCCACUUUCUGACUUGAAAGGUGGCAAGGCCGAAGAGUGAUGUAUGAGCUUAAGGGUUAUGAAUAUGGUACCUUGCGGAAUUAGAGCCAUAAGGAACUCAUUUUUCUGGUAGGGCAGCCGCAGAGGAAUGGUAACACCGAGAAUGCAGAGGUGGAAAGGUGGAGCUGGCACUGGUUUAAAAUUUCCUUAAUGUCUUACUGUCGAGGUCACCUCUGAGGUUUCAUGCCGAGCACUUGUAGAGUGCAGAGAUUAUGAGAAGCAGUUACCCCGAAGGAGAUCUUGUUAAUGUGCGUUUGGUCGUUAGUCUUUUAAUAUAUAUAUUUUGUUGGGAAAAACAUUCUGAAAAUUCAGAUUUUAUGGCUGGCUCUACAAAGAUUUAAGCAGGAGCAGAAAAAGCUCUGGGGUAUUUGGAGGAUUAACCAUUACUAGUGUGGUUUGAUGGUACUGGGAGUCUGCAUUUUGAUAGCACUUGGCAGUAGCCAGACGUCUUUUCUUGCGGUGGUCGGGCCAAGGAGUCUGAGGUGUCAAGAUUUUCGAAGUUCACCUCGAAAUUAGGCCUAAUUUGCCUAUAGUUGGUAAUUCGCUUGUAUCAGCUGCCUUCUGGCAGUAUUUGCUUUCCGAGGAAGAAUAUGGAAGAGUCUCAGCAUUAGCUGAGCAACAGGGGUUAGAGUAAGAAGAAGGAUGGCAAGUGUUGAAUAAAGCGAUGGAGAAAUUAUUGGAAAAGUAGGAAGUCAAAAUAACAGAAAACCGUUUUUAGUCUAAUCAUAGUACUUCAUUUACGUAUUUUAUAUCAUUUUGUGUUUCUUAGACCCCACUGAUCGCCAUUGACCGUUGCUCACAGUUCUAGCAACUCCCAUUGACUAUUGGUCCCUGAUAACUGUCCUCCAAAAAGAAAACGUCAACUCAUCUGGUUGCUGCUAAUUGCUGGCAGCCAUUGCCUCUGGUUGCUGCUUCCUGUAUCUCCUUCUGUGCCAGCCCCUGCCCCUGCCCAUAAGAGAAAUAAUAUCUGGGCUGGGGGCUUUAUUACUGUUUUGAAAUCCUUUUCUGAACUUCCAUCAUAGUUUUUCCUCUGUUGUAAAGUAGAUUGUUUAUGUAAUCAAUGAUUCUGUGGAUAUCAGUUUUUCCGUUUUUUUCCUCUUACCUGAAUCAGACUCUUCUCUCAGAAUGGCUGACUUUCAGAAUUAGCCCGACAAUUUAUUUCAAACCACUGUAAUGGGAUGUAGCCUGUGGGAAACUGUAUUAAUUUGGUGGUUGGUAUGAUUUCACACGAGCUAAAAUAGCUAAAACUCGAUUGAUUCCUCAUCUUCUUUUUCUGCAGUUGGGUUUAAUUCGCUUCUGUAAUCAAUUCGCUACAUGCUUUUCAUCUCAUGAUUGUUUUAGAUUUCAUGAUGGUGUAUGCAUUAAUGUUGCUUUUGUUUGAUAAUACGUGGAAAGAAUAUCAUUUAUGGCCGAAUAAUGGGAUACUUGUUUUAUAGUACCUGUCUUGUAACUUUAACAAAAACUGACGUGAAUGGCUGCUUAAGAUACGCUUUAUUAUCAAAUAAGCACAGACUGAUUUCUCACACCUUCUCGUUCGCCACUCUGAAUAAAACACUUUGUCCUUCCAUCGAAUUUAUUUGCGGCAUUUUGUCUACCAUUUGUGAUCUUUUACAUGAUGAUGUGGAAAACACUUGCAGCCGUGUUAUAAUGGAAUGUCUGAAGGAGUUCCACUCAACGUAUGAUGAUACCCGACUGAGGUGGAAUGGGGCUGAGCUCUUAACAAGAGUGAUCAGGAGACUUGCUGGAAAGGCGAAUAAGCUUCAGUCAAAGUUUCACCUUAAUAUGGAGCCAUUUCAUAAGUUCUUCCCUAUAAGUGCCGGUAGCAUUUUAAGGUACUCACAAGUAUUCUCACUGAUUAAUCUGUGAGAUGGGUUUCAUCAGUGCCAUUUACACGUGAAUAUGAUGAAUCACUGAAAGCAGAAAUGAAACUGUUUCUCUAUUGGUCUAUUUGCUAAGUCUUGACCCGUCUCAUGAGUCGGCCUGUGUAAUCGAUGCAGAGAAACUGAUAGUAUAUGCUCACUGUUGCAUACGGGUCCUUGUGCUGAUUUGGAAAGAAUGUAGCCUCGACUGACAUGAAUUUCUUCCCAACCUUUGCUUACCUUGCUGGACGGGUUUUUCAUUGAUUUCAGGUAUUUCAGUGCACCAGUUGAUGAAGUCGAGAGAGCCGAGCAAUCUACUCUUUUAGCAAAGACUUUGAAUGAGUCAACUACAUUUCAUUUCUGGAACGGUUUGACUUUUUCGCUAGUUCCUGAAACCGACAGCCUCUCUGAGAAGCUCAUCAACCGCUACUGCUUACGAUGUCUUGAUGUGUUAUGA